CUUCAAAGGUGUCCAAACGAUACAGAACCACAAAAUCUAACCCGUGUCUCAGAAUUUUACCUGAUGGAUCUCUCAGAGGAUCCAAACCUGCAGCCCACACUCUUCGGACUAUUUCUGUCUGUGUACCUGGUCACAGUGCUUGGGAACCUGCUCAUCAUUCUGAUCGUCAGUACUGACUCCCACCUCCACAGCCCCAUGUACUUCUUCCUCUCCAACCUGUCCUUCUCUGACAUCUGCUUCAUCUCCACCACGGUCCCAAAGAUGAUUGUGGACAUCCAAUCUCAGAGCACAGUCAUCUCCUACGUGGGCUGCCUGACACAGAUGUCUCUGUUUCUCAUUUUCAUAUGUUUGGAUGAUGCGCUUCUCACAGUGAUGGCCUAUGACAGGUUUGUGGCUAUCUGUCACCCCCUGAGAUACCAUAGCAUCAUGAACCAUCAUCUCUGUGGAUUCUUCAUUUUUGUGUCUUUUUUGUUUAGUCUUUUCAUAUCCCUACUGCACAGUUUGAUUGCCUUGCACUUUACCUAUUUUAAGCAUGCAGAAAUUGCUAAUUUCUUUUGUGACCCUUCUCAACUUCUUAAUCUUAUCUGUUCUGAUAUCAUUACAAAAAAUGUAGUCAUGUAUUUUGUUGGUGCCAUCUCUGGUUUUCUUCCCCUCUCAGGAAUCCUUUUCUCCUACUAUAAAAUUGUUUCUUCUAUUCUGAGAAUCCCAUCAUCAGAGGGGAAAUAUAAAGCCUUCUCCACCUGUGGGUCUCACCUCUCAGUGGUUUGCCUAUUUUAUGGAACAGCCAUUGGAGUUUAUUUUGUAUCUGCUGGAUCAAAUUCUCCUAGAAAUAGUGCAGUGGCCUCUCUGAUGUACACAGUUUUCACCCCUAUGCCGAACCCCUUCAUCUACAGCCUGAGGAACAAUGACAUUAAAAGUGCCCUUAGAAGGGUCCAUAGCUUAACAACAUAA